CAGGUCACAGAGGUCCUCAAUCUAAAGAUGGCGGCCUCAGCAGCGAGGGGCGCUGUGGCGCUGCGUACCAAGAUUGGCCGGCCGGUGGCUUUUGUCAGAAAAAUUCCCUGGACUGCGGCCUCGAGUGAGCUGAGAGAACACUUUGCACAGUUUGGCCAUGUACGAAAGUGCACUGUACCUUUUGACAAAGAGACAGGAUUUCAUAGAGGUAUGGGUUGGGUUCAUUUUUCUUCAGAAGAAGAUCUUCAGAAUGCACUACAACAAGAAAAGCAUAUUAUUGAUGGUGUAAAGCUCCACAUUCAAGCUCGGCGACCAAAAGUUUUGCAAGGGGGUCAAACAUCUGAUGAAGAGAAAGAUAUCUGAGACUAUCUCUACCUAUUAAAUAAAGUAAAAAAAUUAGAAA